AACUCGUAACGCCCUUUUCAUAUCUAUUCAUUGACCGACACAACAACACCCUUCUUCUCUCUCUCUACUCCUCCUUCUCCGAUCAAAAUCUAGGGUUUUAUACUCUCACCGGCGACGAACGAACGAUGAUUCACCUCCUUUACUCAGUGAUCUUCUCCGAAAUGGCGUUAAUCCUCCUCCUCCUCUUCAAAACGCCUCUCCGUAAGCUAAUCAUCCUCACUUUCGAUCGAAUCAAACGUGGCCGAGGCCCCGUCGUUGUUAAAACCAUCGGAACCACCUUGUUCGUCGUUCUCUUGUCGAGCGUUUACGGUUUGGUUAAUAUACGUCGCCGAUCUGAAGAUGGUGCUGUUCUUAAUCCUACUGAUCAGGUCCUCGCUUCCAAGCAUCUCCUCGAAGCUUCUCUUAUGGGAUUUGUGCUGUUUCUGUCGCUCAUGAUUGAUCGCCUUCACCAUUACAUUAGAGAGCUUCGGUUGUUGAGGAAGACAAUGGAGAGUGCAAAGAAACAGAACAGAGGUUUUGAGGAUGGGAAAACUAAAAGUGGAGAAGAAGUGAAAGCUCUCGGGGAAGAAAUCGCAGCAUUAAAGGCAAAGAUAAAGACAGUAGAAUCGGAGAGUGAAGGCAAAGGCAAAGAACUAAAAGAGGCGAAAGGUGAAACAGAGGCAUUGAGGAAGCAAGCCGAUGGAUUUCUUCUAGAGUAUGAUAGGCUUCUUGAAGAUAAUCAGAAUUUGAGGAACCAGUUGGAGUCUAUUGGCCAUAGUCCAGAAGGAAAGAAGGGUAUGUAAAAUACAAAAUGUAAGGAAUUCUGUUUUGUAGAGAACAAGGUAACUUUAGUAAAUGUGGCUUUGCUGAUUCUUGCUUUAUGUAUUAUGCUAUAACGUCUCAUCGUUGACCUUGUUUCGCUUAUAUUACAAUCUAGUAAGUUUGGUACGACAUUAUUCACCUGAGAUUCCAAUAUGAGAAUAGGCAUCGAUGUCAAAAGGUGUUUUCAGGUGGAUUUGAAUUUGAAAGACGAUGAUUUGCGGAAA